AUGGACGCCCAGCGUCAACUGGACCGAGGCCCCGCCCCUCCCUCUCAUCGCCCCGCCCGUCGCCCAGCUCAGCAGUCGCAGAACCUAGUGCGCCGAGGCCCCGCCCCUCUCCGUCCCAGCCCCGCCCAUCUCCCUCGUCCUGUUUGGACGAGGCCCCGCCCGUCGCCGCACCGGACUACUCCCAGAGUCACGUGGGACGAGUCUCCGCCCCUCCCUGCCAUCGCCCCGCCCAUCACCCAGCUCAGCCAGUCGCAGAGCCUAGUGCGCCGAGGCCCCGCCCACCCCGCCAGACUCCCGGCACCACGUGAUCCUAAAAGCCCGCCCGCCGCUCUCCCUCGGCCCGCCCCGUCCCUCCCCGCCCCGCCGCUCCGCCGGGCUGCGGCAGUCCGUCGCCGGCGCCUGCGCAGUGCGGGGCGCGCUCUGCGGCGCGAGGCGCGGCGGAGCCGAGCCAGCGGCGGGGGCGUCCGGCCGAUGGCGCUGCCGGGCCCCGGCUCCCGCGCCCGCGAGCCGCCGGCCGAGGCGGAGGCGGCGGCGGCGGCGGCGGCGGCGGAGGAGCGCGAGGCGGCGUCCGCGUUGCCGGAGGACGAGGCGGCGGCGGGCGGCGCGCGGGGCCCGCUGCGCUGGGACGGCUUCGCGGCCUGGCUGCAGUGCGCGUGCGUGGUGGGCUUCGACCUGGAGCUGGGCCAGGCCGUCGAGGUAAUAUAUCCUCAACAUUCCAAACUUACUGAUAAAGAAAAAACCAAUAUUUGCUAUUUGUCUUUUCCAGAUUCAAAUUCAGGUUGUCUUGGCGAUACCCAGUUUUGUUUUAGAUUUCGACAGUCUUCUGGAAGGAGAGUGUCGCUGCAUUGUCUUCUGGAUCAAUUUGACAAAGAUUUACCAGUUUUCCUGAAGAAAGAUCCUGCUUAUUUUUAUGGAUAUGUGUAUUUCCGUCAAGUUCGAGAUAAAACUCUAAAAAGAGGCUAUUUUCAGAAGUCCUUGGUUUUGAUCAGCAAACUGCCGUAUGUUCAUUUUUUCCACACUGUGCUGAAACAGAUAGCCCCAGAAUAUUUUGAAAAGAGUGAACCUUACUUGGAAGCAGCUUGUAAUGAUAUUGAUCGAUGGCCAGCCCCAGUACCAGGGAAAACAUUAUACCUGCCGAUUAUGGGAAUAGUAAUGAAGGUGCGGAUUCCCACCUGUAAUGACAAGCACGGGACAACUCAAAUCGUGCAGUUAACUCAGCAGACAGACAAGCAGAUAUCUGUUGUUUUGCCCACUGUUCAUGAGGUGGAUCUUUUCAGGUGUUUCUGCCCCGUUUUCCUUCAUAGUCAGAUGCUUUGGGAGCUGGUUCUGCUGGGGGAGCCCCUCGUGGUCAUGGCGCCGUCCCCAUCAGAGUCAUCAGAGACUGUCCUAGCACUUGUUAACUGUAUUUCUCCACUAAAAUACUUCAGUGAUUUCCGACCUUAUUUCACUAUUCAUGACAGUGAGUUCAAAGAAUACACUACCCGUACUCAAGCUCCGCCCUCAGUCAUAUUAGGAGUGACCAAUCCAUUUUUUGCUAAAACACUUCAACACUGGCCACACAUUAUUCGAAUAGGAGACAUUAAACCUGCAGGUGAAAUUCCAAAGCAAGUUAAAGUGAAAAAAUUGAAAAACCUGAAGACUUUGGAUUCUAAACCUGGAGUGUAUACUUCUUAUAAGCCAUAUUUAAAUAGAGAUGAAGAAAUCAUAAAACAAUUACAGAAGGGUGUUCAACAGAAGCGUCCAUCUGAGGCUCAAAGUGUUAUUCUUCGGCGCUAUUUUUUGGAACUGACACAAAGUUUCAUCAUUCCAUUAGAAAGAUACGUGGCAGGCUUGAUGCCUUUAAAGAAAAGUAUUUCUCCAUGGAAGAGUCCACCUCAGUUAAGACAGUUCCUUUCAGAAGAAUUUAUGAAAACCCUUGAGAAAACAGGACCUCAGCUGACCUCCAGGAUAAAAGGGGAUUGGAUUGGGCUUUACCGGCAUUUUCUAAAAUCUCCGAAUUUUGAUGGCUGGUUUAAGACCCGGCGGAAGGAAAUGACCCAGAAAUUGGAAGCACUCCAUCUAGAAGCUCUUUGUGAAGAGGACUUGCUUCUCUGGACCCAGAAACACACAGAGGUAGAAACGGUAGACCUUGUACUGAAGCUAAAAAAUAAACUGUCGCAGGCUAAUCGAGAUCAUUUACCUGUGAAGCCUGACACUCUGGAGAAAUUACGGACACACAUAGAUGACAUUAUUUUAGCGUUGCCAGAGGACCUACAAGGCAUUCUACUCAAAACAGGAAUGACAUGAUAAUUCCAGAAUUACCCAGCCAAAAAGGACUGUGCACCGCAAAGGAUACUGACAUUUCAACUCAACGCACAACGUUGGCCUCUCGGAGUAAAAACGUAGCCGUGAAUCCUAGACACAGGAUGGAAAAGCUAUCGUGUAUAUACAGACGUUUUUAGUGCAUUAUUUUUUAAAUGGUCAUCUGUGGUUUCACUCUAAUUCUGAAACACCGAAAGGCAUUUUGUAUCUUUUUAAUCAUGUUCUAAAGUGCUCUUAUGAGAGACCGUGUGGGGCCAUCAGUGUACGUGAUUCCCAAGCUGCAGUGCUGGCACUGCAGAUAUAUUUUUUAAAUCGGUGCUGCUUUGCCCAAACAUGUUAAACCUCAGGGUGAUACAAAA